ACAGAGCAGAAGGCGACACAAGAAAGAGAGACAGAGAGAGAGGGAGAGAGAGACAACAAGAAUGGCAUCACAAGUACCUGGUGGUGUAUCUGAUGUUGCAGCUGUCACUACUGAGAUCCAGGCUAUUGUCCAGUGUUUGAAAUGCUCAGUUGUGGAAAAGUUGAAACGCCCUCUGCAUGUUUAUCAGGCAAUCUCUUAUCGCUCACAAGUGGUUGCUGGAACAAAUUACUUCAUCAAGGUUGUGGUUGGGGAUGCCAAUGAGUACAUCCACAUGCGGGUGUUCGAGCCACUGCCCUCUUCUGAUGAGAAACUAUCACUGUCGGAUAUCCAAACCAACAAGAAGCUGUUUGAUGAACUCGAGGCCUUCUAGGAGAGACCCAGCACAUUGCCUGCAUGUCCCUCCCCUCACGCUCAAACACCAUUUAUAAACAAACUCCCUGCUUUUUGCCUCCCUUUCCCUCCUGAUCACUGGACUCUCCCUCCCCCAAAUACACUGGAGUGGUUCAAGGAGGCACUUGACCUUCUCCAGACCAAUUAGUAACAGGGCAACAAAUGUUAGCUCGGUGUUUAUUCCUAAUGCUCCACGGGAUUAAUGAUUCCAAUACAAAAACCCACUCUACCCAUCACACAAAACAUCACCAGUCAGAAAAGCUUUAAUGCUGUGCUCAUGGGAUCACGUUUUGUGUAAAGCCACCCCAGUCACGGGAGAUCUGAAAGGUUCCUCUGCCACGGCAUGCCCCUGGAAAGCUAAUCAACUGUAAUUGCAUCACAAAAUAUUCAAUAAAAGCAUUCUGAUGCA